UAACUAGAAGGCAUCUGAAUACUAAACUGGGGCGGUAUGCCUCGAAGCUGCGACUAAGUGGAUGUGGUUGCAGACUGAGGACGUAAGUCUUCAAGCCCCAGACUUCUCUUGCAAAAGUUGUUGAGGGAGCAGGCAGCGUCGCCUCCAUCCUGGCUGUUGGCUCAGACAAGCCCCUCAAGGAACUGGCAUGGGGAGCCUCAGAUUCCUGUCUCCCAAAGAGGAGUCUCAGUUCCAGCACCAGGGCGCAGUGGAACUGCUGGUCUUUAAUUUCCUUCUGAUUCUGACCAUCCUCACAAUAUGGUUAUUCAAAAACCACCGAUUCCGUUUCUUGCACGAAACUGGAGGGGCCAUGGUGUACGGUCUCAUAAUGGGAUUGAUUUUACGUUAUGCUACAGCCCCAACUGACAUUGAAAGUGGAACUGUCUAUGACUGUGGGAAGCUGGCUUCUGGUCCAUCAACACUUCUAGUCAAUAUCACUGACCAAGUUUACGAAUAUAAGUACCAAAGACAGGUCAGCAAACACAACAUCAGCCCUCACCAAGGCAAUGCGAUGCUUGAAAAGAUGACAUUUGAUCCAGAAAUCUUCUUCAAUGUUUUAUUGCCCCCGAUUAUCUUUCAUGCUGGAUAUAGUUUAAAGAAGAGACAUUUUUUCCGAAAUUUGGGAUCAAUUUUAACAUAUGCUUUUUUGGGAACUGCAAUUUCCUGUAUUGUUAUAGGGUUGAUCCUUAGAGGAACUGGGAAGGCACACAUGGCACUGGAGAACAAGUUAGCCUCACAGCAAGGGGCUCUCUCUGAAGACCUAGGCAUGGACCAAAUUGUUCUGGAACUGUGGCAAGACAGGGAGAGGAGAUGGAAGACCAGGAGACAGUUUUGUUUUAGAUCAGAGAAGGUCAGCUUUCUGACAUUUUGGCAUGGAGACUCGACUUUAAAAUCCUCUAGCUAGGCCACUGUCUCUCCCUCUCCGCCCCCCACCUCCCACCCCUUGCAUUUAGUUUAAGAACAGUUAUAUAAGACCUUUAUACCCUAGCUCACAUGGCCCAAAUCCUUAUUUCAAAAGAGACCUAGAGAGACCAAAAAGCUGUCAAGUGACCAAAGACAAAAAGGUGAAGCUGCCCAGAGGAAGAACUGGAACAUUUAAAAGUAUGCAAUAAAAACUUCUCCCAGGUAGCCUGAUUCUGGGGAACCAGAGAUGAAGCGGAAGAGAUGGCCUGGACUUCAGAGAGAUAUAAAUGCACCGCUCUCACUUACAAUGAUUUUGGCUCUUUUCCCUAAGAGCCCUUUGUGAAGACAGCAGCUUUGUCUGUUCCUCAGACAAACCAAAGGCUUCCCAGAAGGAUAUUUUUUUUUGGGAGGUUGAGGGGUUGGGGAGGGGACUCCUUGGCCCAGAGAAGCCCUAAUUGGUGGCAAAUAUGAAUGCUGGGGAAAGCCAUCAAGUCUAAGAAGGCCAAGGAAACAUCACUUCCUGUGGACAGCUUCUAUUUUUUCCUACCUCCAUCUGAAGCCAGCUGAGGGCCCACAACAUAUGUUGCAUUUUUUAUUGGGUUUCUACAAUGCUUUGUCUAUUGUUAAUUAAAAUGAGCUCCUACACAUGAAA